CAUUUAUGGAUACCAAACAUCUCGAAAACAAAUUUGGAAAUGACACGAGGAUCCCAACUCCCAACACGAAGGGCUGCCAAUUUAGCAGGAAAAACAAACAAUUUAAAAUUGAUUUGCUUUUCCAUUUGAACGCCACCAAGAACGCCACCAGUAGCAGUACCACUACUCCACUCUCAAAGCUCAUCGCUUCGUUCAAGAAAGUUCGCUUUUGCGUCUAAAGAAGAAACUUGGAUUACUCUUAAAAAUUCACAUUUUGUUUUUAAAUUCCCUGAUUUCGUUCUUUUCGACCUCUGUUUUGCUUUUCUUUUUGAUUCCUCUCUUCCCCAAUUAAAGUUUCCUUUUGCCUUUUCCAUUUCUGAGAAUCAGUUCUUUUGAUUCGGUCAAAUCUUCCGAAACCUUCUUUUCAUGUCAAUUCUGGUUCCUGGUUCCGGAUUACGCUUUCUUAUGUUUCAAAAGAUUUUCCCGCCUUUGAACGAAUUUUACUUUUCCGGUUUCUUUUGCCUGUUCUUCGACGCCCUUUCUCAAAAUGUGCACGGUUUUAAGUUUCAUGUGAUGGUAAGCUGAGUGGUGGUGGUGGUGGUGGUGGUGGUUAUGGGAGGUCGUACGGUCGAAGUGGUUAGCAGUAAAGGUUGUUCUAGGCUGCUUUUUGGGUUCUCAUCGCCGUUAUCGUCAUUGGGAGGCCUGCAACAGCUUGAGUCCAUGUCUCCCGCUUCACCGUCUUUAAGGUCUGAACCGGUGAAAACUCGGUUAACCGGUCCCUUUUCUGGACUCGUAAUUUGCGUUACUGGUUUAUCCAAAGAAGCAAGGAAACAAGUUAAGGAAGCUACGGAGAGGUUAGGUGGACAUUACAGCCCCAAUUUGCAUCCACAAUGUAGCCAUUUGGUGGUUCAAAGUUUAGGUGGACGCAAAUUUGAGCAUGCUUUUAAGCAUGGAUCAAGAAAUGGGCUCUUUAUUGUCACUCUUGGCUGGUUUGUAGAUAGCGUACGGAGAAAUGUAAGACUUAGCGAGUCUCUUUAUAAUAUCAAGAGUCUUGGAGAAAAUAGUAAACGCCUGGAUGAAUUGAACCAACUAGUAGGGUCCAGUGGUGAUGGAAACUCCUGCCUUCCAGUGGGCAUUCAUGUAGUUGAGCAAAAUGGUACAAUAGGAGAAUCACAUUUAAUGUUACCUAAGGGAGAUCACGAUAGAAGAAUGGACUCUAUUCUCUCCAGUCAAUCCAUGUAUAUUGAUACAGACAUUUCACCAGAGUUGCGACAUAAGGUUAUCGAGGCUGCUAAGGGAGCUGGUGCCUCACUUGUGGAUCAAUGGUUUGCUGGUUGCAGCACAACUCAUGUUGUUUGUGAAAGGACUUCCAUAUAUCGAUAUCUUGGCCACUCUAGCAACUUAGUUACACCACUCUGGAUUCUGAAAACGGUGAAGGAAAAACGUGCGCAAAGACUUAUUCACAUGUCUGCUGACUUGGCUCGACAGAUUAGUUCAACACUUGAAGAUUUUUGUGCCGAAAAUUAUAUCGAGACAGUACAUAGGCAAACAGAAGAUGCUGGAACUUUUAGGAGUAGGGCAACCCAGGCAGAACGCGAGCAGAUUAUUUCAAAUGCUAAACUCGGCGUUAGGAAACGUCGUGGUUGUCGAAUGCAGACAUGUCAAAACCCAAUACGUCCAUUAACCCCAAGUAGCCUUUUGGAUUCAAUCUGCUGGUCAAUAUCUGAGCCAAGUUCAUCUGCUUCUAUUUACACAGACACUUUCAGUAGUGAAGGUGUUAGUGAGCAUCAUACUCCAGAGUUCUUUGAUGCAACUGGGGAUGGCAAGGAAUCAGAAGCUUCAUUUUCUAACUUAACUCGUCCGCUCAGUGAAAGUGAGAAAUCUGAAGUUGUAUCCAAAAACCAUUACAUGACCAUACUGUUUCCAGUGGAUCGAUUCUCCGAGAUGGGUCCAUCUUCGAGGACUUUCUUUAGCGAAAAUGGGUUCACAUGUUUGCAAAUUCUGGAUCAUAUAUAUGCAUUCUAUGAGGAGAACAUGUCAUAUCACGAAGUCGAGAUGGCGAUUCACACUGACUCGAGGCACGCUGACCGACUUCGGUCAGUUUACUGCAGUAGAGAAACAACAGAAUCUGGUUAUACAGCUUUCAAAAGGAUCGAAUUCUUGGGGAGCCGCAGAAGUUUUGAAAUGUUGAAGCGUGUUGGUGUCGAUAAUAAUAGUAACGUCUACGAGUUAUUGAUCAGAGCAUGAGACUUCAAUCUUUACAGGGAGUUGUAGCUAUCUCACCAUGUUGAAUUUCUAGCUAACUUAGCAUGUUCGAUAAUCAAGAGCAAGCUCACAUUGUUGGAUUUAGUGAUAGUGCAUGCUCUUCAACUUAUGAAGGGGUGAAGUUUUACAAUCAUUUCACCUUUAAUUUUAAGGCUUUGUUUGAGAAUUAUUUGAACAAUAAUACAAUAAAUAUAAAUUUGGAUUAUAGC